CGUAAGUUACGUUAAAUUGGCACAUCAUAUGAUAACCACGUGACAGUAAAGAUGUCUUCUAUUCAGUGGCAUUCAAGAUGGAGGAAUUACAAACAGGAGCAGGAAUCCUGCCACUUAGAAAGAGUAACUGUGGAAUUUGGGGAAUACCAUCCAUUGAAGCCCAUAACUGAAGGUGGAAGAAAGAAACGAGAAAAAGAAGAUGAAAUGGCUCUUGGCAUUGACUUUGAGCCUUGGACUGCCAAACGGAGUGAGAUCCUUGCACGAUAUACCACCACAGAGAAGCUUUCCAUAAAUCUGUUUAUGGGUUUAGAGAAAGGAAAAGCUACAAGUCCUGGCUCUGCGGUGUCUGAAAAAGUGAGAACUCGCCUUGAAGAACUGGAUGAUUUAGAAGAGGGAUCUCAAAAGGAGUUGUUGAAUUUGACUCAGCAGGAUUACGUGAACCGAAUUGAAGAGCUCAACCAGUCUUUGAAGGAUGCCUGGGCUACAGACCAGAAAGUUAAAGCUUUAAAAAUAGUCAUUCAGUGCUCUAAACUUCUUUCUGAGACUACUGUAAUCCAGUUUUAUCCAAGCAAGUUUGUUCUUAUCACGGAUAUCUUGGACACUUUUGGAAAGCUGGUAUAUGAUAGAAUUUUAUCCAUGUGUGCAGAUAAUCGCAGUACAUUACCAGAAAACUUCAAUCCAGAGGAUGUAAGUGACACUGCACGAGAGACCUGCUUGAACUGGUUCUUCAAAAUUGCAUCAAUUCGAGAACUCAUACCUAGAUUUUAUGUGGAAGCUGCAAUACUGAAGUGCAAUAAAUUUGUUUCAAAAGCGGGAAUCUCUGAAAUCCUUCCCCGGCUGACAUCAAUGAUACGAGGAAUUGGUGAUCCUCUUGUUGCAGUUUAUGCCCGGGCAUAUCUGUGUCGGGUUGGAAUGGAUGUAGCCCCUCAACUGAAAGAGAAUCUGAACAAAAAUUUCUUUGAUUUCCUCUUAACAUUUAAACAGAUACACGGAGAUACAGUUCAGAACCAGUUAGUGGUUCAGCGAGUGGAAAUGCCUGUCUACCUUACUCUCUACUCACCUGCUAUUGACUGGAUCCUUCAAUGCAUUGCUUAUCAGGCACCAGAGACACUGCUUACAGAAAUGAUGGAAAGGUGUAAGAAACUUGGCAACAAUGCUUUGCUUUUAAAUUCUAUCAUGUCAGCAUUCAGAGCAGAAUUUAUAGCUGCAAGAGCAAUGGAUUUUAUUGGGAUGAUUAAGGAGUGUGAUGAAUCUGGAUUUCCUAAGCACCUUCUUUUCCAUUCCCUGGGUCAGAAUUUGGCUUUGUCUGACCCUCCAGAAAAUGACAGACUACAAAUACUUAAUGAAGCCUGGAAAGUCAUAACUAAGUUGAAGAAUCCACAAGAUUAUGUUAAAUGUGCAGAUGUUUGGAUUGAGUAUACCUGCAAGCACUUUUCUAAAAGAGAAAUAAACACUGUAUUGGCGGAUGUUAUUAAACAUAUGACUCCUGAUCGUGCUUUUGAAGAUGCUUAUCCACAGCUUCGGUCUAUAAUUCAGAAAAUCCUAGAUUACUUCCAUGAUUUUUCCAUUCUUUUUUCAGUGGAAAAGUUCUUGCCUUUCCUGGAUAUGUUCCAGAAGGAAAGUGUCAGAGUGGAGGUCUGCAAAUGCAUUAUGGAAGCUUUUAUUAAGCAUCAACAAGAAUUAACCAGGGAUCCAGUUAUUCUUAAUGCCCUGUUGCAUGUAUGCAAGACCAUGCAUGAUUCUGUCAAUGCAUUAACUCUGGAGGAUGAGAAGAGAAGCUUAGCAGUCUUGAUCAAUGGAUUUAUCAGAAUGGUGUCCUUUGGCCGUGAUUUUGAACAGCAGCUGAGUUUUUAUGUUGAAGCAAGGUGUUUAUUCUGCAAUUUGGAACCUGUUGUAGUCCAGCUCAUUCAUAGUGUCAAUCAACUUGCAAUGGAGACCAGAAGAGUAAUGAAAGGCAACCACUCAAGAAAAACAGCCUCAUUUGUCAGGGCAUGUGCUGCAUAUUGUUUUAUUACUAUCCCUUCACUAACCAACAUCUUUUCACGGUUGAACCUUUACUUGCUAUCUGGGCAGGUGGCAUUGUCAAACCAGUGCUUAUCUCAAGCGGAUGCAUUUUUGAAAGCUGCAGUGAGCCUAGUUCCUGAGGUUCCAAAGAUGAUCAGUAUUGAUGGAAAGAUGCGCCAGUCAGAAGGCUUUCUUCUAGAUUUCCUUAAUAAUUUCUUUUCUACUUUGCUGGUUGUGCCUGAUCACCCAGAGCAUGAAGUACUCUACCUGGUGCGAGGUCUUUUGAAUGUGAUUCAGGACUACACUUGGGAAGACAACAGUGAUGCCAAAAUCCAAGUCUACACAAAUGUGCUUCAUUUGUUGACAGCAAUAAGUCAAGACACAUACUUGUAUCAUGUUGAUAAAGUUGAUUCAAAUGACAAUCUGUAUGGUGGUGACCCCAAGUUCCUAGCUGAAAUUAAUAAGCUGUGCGAGACCCUGAUUGGACAGAUCUUAGACCAUCUCAAGGCCCUUGGGAAAGAUGAGACUCUGAAACGCCAGAGUGCAUUGGCCUUGUCCCUGUUCAACACUCUUCUGAUAACCGGAGACUUGAGAAACAAUAAGCUGAAUCAGCUAGCAACAAAUUUGUGGAAUCUUGCCCAGAAACAUGGGUUUGCAGACACAAAAACUGUGGUGAGAACACUGGAAUACAUCAAACGGCAAAGCAAAUUACCAGAAAUGACUCAUUUUUCAGAGCUGGCAGCAAGACUACCCCUGCAGUCAAGGACUUGAUUUCAUUUAAUUUCAUUCUGUUGUCACUUUAUCUCUUAUUGUCAACCCAUUCCUAUAUUCUGUCACUCCAUUCCUAAUUUGUGCUCUGCAGUUGAAGUCAUUGUCAUGUAAUCUACUUGUGCUCUUUUUCCUGUUAUUUGAUUUGUUUACAUAGAUAAACAUGACAGAAGAAGGUGCAUUUUCAAAGUAAAUUAAAAUUAUGCUGUGCACAUCCGAUGCUUCUAAAUUACAUUGUUAGAACUAGGAAUGCAUAACUUAAUAAUCUGCUUAUCAGUGUUUGCACUGCAUUUCCGUUGUUUUGAUUUUGGAUAAAGGAAGUGUUAUUUACUUGGGACUGUAGUGAAGAGAGUGCAUUGUAAAGUCCCUAGAAAAGGCUGCCUGUUUGGAAGACAUUUCAACACCCAGAGGUACAGUAGUCUAGCAUGUGUCACUCAAAGGAAAACAUCAUUGGUUUGCUAAUAAAAUACUUCUGUGAAUCUCCAGUACUGUUAUGCUGGAAGUAGUAUUUUAUUAUGACUGUGGUGCUAAAACACCUCUACUUCAAAGUGCUUAAGCCUUAAAAAAACUGUGGGAUGUAUGUAUUUUCCCUUUAUAUAUACUUUAAGAAGAACCAUGGCAUGAUUUUGACCCAUUGUGAACAAUACAGUGCAACAUAAGAUUGAUCUCAGUUAUAUUUGACAUACAUUUGGAUCAGAUUAUCCUAAACUACAGCACAUUUUAACAUUUAUCUAUAGCUAAUGUGUGGCUAACAUAAAUCUUACUUGCACCUUGUUAAUCUAUGAAAGAGCAGUUCAAGUGUGGGUUUUCUGGGAGCAAAUAGCCAGUAGUGGACCUGAUAAAACAGCCUGAUUUUUUUUCGACAGCUACCUCUGAAUUGGGAAUAGUGCAGUGGGUAAUGUUCAUAUAAAAAUGUUUCCUUAAAAAUCCUUGUAUGUAUCCAUAAACAGUGAUGCAGCAAAGUCUUGUAACCUUAACAAGCUCUGUAAAAAUGUAUUUCAACAUUUUUUUUAUUUUUAUGAUACUGUAAUCAGUGUGUAAUAAGUGAAGAAUGUCUGAUGUCAUGCCUAUUGUACCCCGUUUUAUCGCUAUAACUGUGAGCUCAACAAGUAUUAGUCCUAUGAUUCUGGAAGCUCUGACCUUCAUAGUACAAGAAGUGUGAACGUUAAAAUUCAUCCAUUCAGUGCACACAUACCCAUGGAGAAUGCCAGAACAUAUUUUUUCUUUUCUUUCACUAUCAGAAUGUCUGGGAACAAGUUCUCCUAGAAGUGCAUACCACGAGUAAGCAUUACAGAAGCAAGCUUUAGGUUAGAGUCCUCUGAUAUUCAGAGUAUUAAGUGUUACAUACAUGAUUACUGAAAUCAGUGUAAUGGUGCAAUUAGUAGUUCAUGAUAGGAAAAAAGUCAUGCUUAGUCAAAUUACCUUAUAUCAAAAAAAAUCAAAGUCUGAAAACUAGCUAUUGAAAUGUAUUUUUGUUGUGUUAAGACUAAUAAAAGUGCAGAACUGUC